AUGAGGACAGACUACGGAAGGGCUUGCAAAGUUAGCAAGGAGGAAAGACACUGGCGACUGAUCUUGGUGGUUCAGGAACUCCAGCCCGAGAAUGCAAUUCUGAAGUUUUAUAAACACUUUAAUAUUCAUUACUACCACCUCUUUUUGUGUGAGACUCUUCCCGAGUUUCCGGGCUGCUCGUCGGUCCUGCUGGGGCACUUCUGGAGACCCGUCGGCGGCUCGACACCUUCGCGCGACUUUGAUCUUGGCUUUGCUAACUCGUCGCAGCGUCCCGCCUCCUGUCCCCUCCUCCCGCGGGUCUCCCACCCCCGCUGGCCCCUGCGCGGCUCGCAGCCCCAGGGUCGACCAGAACUCCGCGGCGCGGCUGCCCGCAAGACCCGGAGCCCGGAGUCGCCUCCCGUCCGCUUGCUCGUGGCGCCGCUCUGGGCAUGCGCGGCGCGGCUGGAGGUGGCCGCGAGCGGGCUGCAGCUCCAGACUUCGCGGCAGCGGAGCUCGGCGGUGUCGCCAGGGCGCGAGGAGGGCAGGCGGGCGGGCGGGCGGGCGGGCACGGUGCUCGCCCGGGACAGCCCUUCUUCCAGCGAGCGGGACUUCGCGGCAGCUCUGAGCUCGGCCCGGGAUCCGGAGGGCGCGGGCCAGGUGGGGUCCCCCUCCUGCCGCCGCCCCAGCGCCCGGCUCGCGGCGCCCCGGGGACCCGAGAAACCAGAGAUUGAACUCAGGCCCUUGUGCUUGCCAGGGAAACUCUUCCUCCACUGGUUUAGCAGAGUAGACACUGAAGAUCGGUUCUUGCUGACUGAUUUAUACUCCACUGACUUAGAGGCCACCUGUAAUAUAUUCCUUAUUGGGCUGAAGUGGAGGCUUAUGAAGUGGAGCUCCUCUUCACUUUCGAGAACUGGGGAUUGAACUCAGGCCCUUGCGCUUGC